GCAGCCGCGAACCUUGAUCCAUAGCAAGGAAAAAUCGAAGAAUCGAAACGCGAAACGAGCACUCGGCUGGACCGGUUCUUCAGUUGCCACUCGGUCACGCUCUGACUCAGAUUCGCGUAAUUUUUCAACGGACGAUAUGAAGCCUCGCGUCGAUCAGUAAAUUUUCCGUGAUCUAUCUUCGGGCAAUUUUUUGGCCAAAUACACAUCAGAAUAUAUUCUUGUGACGUUGCUGGAGAUAUUUUUGAAGCUGAAGAGAUUGAAGCUAAAGAUUCGGUGAAUAAAUUCUUAUUCGAGAGAAGAAGGAGCAUCUGAAGGAAAGACUGAAAAACUUGAAGAAGCAACAUGAAGACUAUUUGUUGGUUUCUCGUGGUCCUCCUGGCUCGACAGGUGAUAUUCCACGCGGUCGAGCAGCUGAAACUUCUGCAAUCGGAAGAGGAUACGCGGAGUUCCACAUUGACAACGAACACCUGGAGCUCGCCCGCAAUUGGCGUCACCGCUGCUUCUCAAGAGCAGUCUUCGACUACGAAUGUGAUUCAAUCAUCGUCAGAUGAAUCGGAAGGCGAAGCGAACGAAUCGAACGACAGAACGGAGGAACCGGUGGUCCAGGAAGCUUGCAAGAACGAAACCGAGACCGAGACAGUAGAAUCUCACGCACAGAGAAUAGACGAAGAUGAGCAAGUGGAAGAAGCAAAGGGCCAAGAGGCCUCCAAGAUGGAGGAAUCUCACGCGCAAGAAGUCUUCGAAAUCGGAACGUCAGAAUCCAAAAUUGACGGAACAAACAAAAUGGAAGACUCCAAAACGCAAGAAGCUCUGAAGAACAAGAUCCAAGAAACAUCGAUCGACGACAGAACGCAAACGGAUGCGUCGAAGGGCAAAACAGAGGAUCCCAAGAUGGGAAGUCUAUCAUCUAGCGACGACACAGAGACUCUGAUAGCGAUAGAGACGUCGAAGCCAGGUAAAAUCGACCAGGAAGAAUCGCCAGAGGUGAACCAGGAAACGCCAGAAACGAACUACGCCACGCCGGAGGCGAACUACGAGGAACCGGAAGAUGUGCACGCCGUGCAAGAAACGAAUCACGAAGUCCCUGAAGAGGAUCACGAGCGGUUCUCCACGCUUCGUCCUGCUAGUUCCGUGAACCUUGGAUCGAUCGUGGCGGACAGCGACAAGAAGAAAGAACCGACCGUCGACAGCGUGGUCCGAGACGUGUACGAAAUCUUGAAACCUACACCAUCGAGAUUCGUGGACGCGGAGCCUCUCGAGGAAUCGAAAAGCGCCGUGGCAGUGUCCGAAGAGAAAUUGGAGAAUAUGGAAGAGGAGGAGGAUGAAAAUAGAUUCACGCGUUUAGGCGAGAAGGUGACGCAAGUGCCAAGGCCGAGUCUGAACAGUUACCUAAGACGUUCAAAAGUGCGACCGAGCGCCACUCUUCAGCAACUGGCGAACUUGUACGACUCGUUGAGCAAGGACGCGAGGAAACAGGGAUUCGGAAAGUACACAGGAUACUCUGACGAAGUUCUAAACACACUGGAAACGUCCGCGGAGGGUGGCAUCGGGCCACAGCUGAAGAAGAUUCUGUCGAAGAUGUUGGAGCAAAACGAGUUGACGAGAGACGAUGCGAGAAUGAGGACCUCGCAAGCUAUCCGAGACCUUGACAACCCUUCCAGCAUACUGAACAAAGAUCUCAGACCUUUGUUACCCCUGCGUUAUUCACCAUAGUGCGUACAACGUGAUAACAUUCUUAACACGUGUGAUUAAUGAACUGCGUACUUUCAUGCUGUUUAUCGACAUGCUGACGAUCAACAGUUGGGGAGUCCUCGUGGAAGAAACUGUAAGUGGCAGACAUCAAAUUUUCAGUCAUUGUAUUAUAUUACAUUAUGUUCUAGUACAUACAGUCUUGAAAAUAAAAAUAAUACAUUAAAGAAACAUAUUUUUGCUUUUCUAUGUACGAGUGAUCUAGGAACAAACUGGAUCAACACCUAUGGAUUAACACCACAGUAUCUGCAAAUAAAUAAAUAGCAACUUUUCUCUUCCUUUUGAAACAUUUUAUAUCCAGCACUUACGGUAUUUUCCACAAAAAUUCUUUCAUUAUGACUAAUAUGAUACGAUGUGACUAAUAAUUACAAAUUAUUGAUUAAUCCAGUAUACAUUGAUCAUUCAUGAUUCAUAUAUGAUUAUAAGUGAUCAAAGAAGAUGUGUGAUUAAAUCUUUGAUUAUGACUAACAGAAAUAGUAUUAUAGUAGUCAUAAUGAUAUUGGACAGUAAAAGGUAAAUUAAUCAUGCAUUAAACAAUUACAAAUUAUAGAUUAAUGAUUAAAAGAAUACAAGUGUAAUCAUCGUUAUUAAUCUGAAUCAGUAACGAUUGUGAUUACUUUUAGUAAUGAAUCACAAAGUAAUCAAUUAGGCCAAUUUCGAUGAGACUUAUUUUUUGUAACACCGUGUAACUUUAAAGUAACGUAUUCAUUCAUACCAAUAAAAUCAAUUGAUUAUGAUAAUUUAUAUUAGGUUACUAAAAAUUAUAAUGUUUGAUUUUAUUUUGUAUUUUAUAAUAUCCUUACGGAUCUCUAAAUUGAUUUCUUUUAUAAAAAUUUAAUUUAAUUGUAAUAAAAUUA